AUGCGAGAUUUUGUCGUCAAUGGUAAAGGUGUUGGCAUUCAGGGAAAGACGUUGGUCGCUUUCCAAGCUACGCUGACGUCGGGUAAUAUUGGACCCAACUAUUCCCUUGGUGCUAUCCGAUUCAACACCGUUGAUCUGAAUACUGGAAACGGUUACAAUCCAAGCACCGGAAAAUUCACUGCCCCCAUUGCAGGUCUAUACCAGUUUUCUGCAUCAUAUCUUCAGCUAAAUGGCUACAGCUCUUGGGUAAGAGUGAUGAAAGGCAACACAGUUUUCAGUGAUUUACAUGCAAACCACAAAAACUACGAUCAACUAUCAAAGACCAUUCUUGUGGUUUUGGCAAAGGGCGAAACCUUCUGGGUUAAGUUGGAGAAAAGCAGCACUUACGCUGUAAACGGUGCAAGACGAUAUACCCAAUUUGGUGGUUUCCUACUUUCUCCCACUAAGUAG